CACACCCGCCGCCAGCCCGCGGCCGGGCGCCCCGCUCCGCCUCAGCAGCCGCCGCCGGCGGGGAGCACCGCAGCCCCGAUGGCCAAGCAACCCCCCGAGGUGAAAACUCAACGCGAAGGCGAAGGCGGGCGGCUGCCGCCGGCGGAGGGGCCGGGCCCGACCGCGCAGCUGCGCCCCGGCGCUCCCGCCGCCCUGCCCGGCUCCUCCGGCACGGCGGGGCCUCCGCCUCGGGGCCCUCCCGCCAGCCCCGGACCCUUCGCCACCCGCUCCCCGCUCUUCAUCUUCGUGCGGAGAUCUCCGCUGCUGUCCCGCUCCUCCAGCGGGUACUUCUCCUUCGACGCCGAGCGCAGCCCCGCGCCCCUCAGCUGCGACAAGGCCACGCAGACCCCCAGCCCGCCCUGCCAGGCCCUCAGCCACUGCCUUAGCGCCAUGGCUGCCUCACAGGUUCUGUUCCCUGCAGCUUCCCGGUGGCAGUCCCACUCGCUAGCAGAAGAUGUCCAGCCUGAGAUCUGGAUUGCACAGGAGCUGCGUCGCAUUGGGGAUGAGUUCAAUGCCUCCUAUUGUCCCAGAAGGGGUUUCUUGGAUAACCAGGCAGGGAACCCCCAGGUGGUCAUCCUGCGCCUCCUGCGCUACAUCAUCCGCCUCAUCUGGAGGAUGCAGUGAGCACCAGGACUUGGGGCACUCCUGGGAGGAUGGAUGGAUGGACAGACAGACAGGCAGACAGGGCUCCCAGCCUGCCUCUCCCCUGGCAGAUGAGGCUGGACACCCCACCCCGACCUGCUGGGACUUCUCCUCUGCAGAGUUCUAACCUGAGAGUGGUGUUUACUGCGUUCCUCUCCACUUCUUUAAUGAUCACUGUUUUAUUUUCCCACAAGAGUCUCAGAGAAGAUAACUCAACGUUUGGUUUUUUUGGGGGUGGUCAUCAUUUCUGGAAACCUGUUGGCUCAGCUGGGAUAAGCCCUGCAGCAGGACAGAAGGAGAAGCUGAGCUUUUCACAGACUCUCCAACCUCUCCCCUCUCCGUUUGCCUGCGGGGCCUUUGCCCACCCAAAAGGACCACGAUGCUGGCAGAGGGAUUUCAAGCAGCACUUCUUUUACCUGUAAAUACCUAAUGCUCCCCCAAAUCCACCUUCAUUUGCAUCAUGCAAAUCAGCCUAUUUCCUGCUGACUGAUUUAUUUUAUAUAUUUUUUAUAUAUAUACAAAUUGUUUGUUUGUUUUACACUCUGAACUUCCAGACUCAGCUGUGAAGACUCCCAGGGUCCAAAAUACCACAACCAACCAACCAACCAACCAAAAA